AUGGCUAAAGAGGUGAAGGAAGCAAGGAGAAUCGACUUGAACGCGAGGUCGAAAAUGUCUGAACUUAACACACUACUAAAGGAAAUAAAUGGUUCACUUGCUGCCACAUCAGAAUCAUUGGAGAAACUCUCAGAUCUAUAUAGUAAUUCUGAUAGCGAUGAGGUUUCCGAAAAUAACAAAAUGCAUGAACAUCUAUUUUCCGGCGCUAAUAAGCCUACUGAGAAAGUAUCGCUACUAUCUUUAAAGAACGGGAGCAUGCUGGGGUAUAUAAAUUCGUUGAUGAUGCUCAUAGGCGACAGACUAGACGAAAAAUGUAAGAAUCCCACUGCAAUGGAUGCACGUGAACGUUCUGUCCAACACCGUGUAGUGUUGGAACGUGGUGUCAAACCGCUGGAAAAGAAGCUGUCUUAUCAAUUGGACAAGCUAACUAGAGCAUACACAAAGAUGGAGAAGGAAUAUAAGGACGCAGAGAAACGUGCGCUGGAAAGAUCUUCUUUGGUAAGCCACGGCGAUGGAGCAGAUAGUGAAGAUGAAGACUCAAGUGAUGAAGAGAUGGCAUACAGACCAAAUACUGCGGGCAUUAUCAACACGGACAAAAAAUCUUCACACAGAGCUACUGCUGAAGAAGCAUCGAAGGAAGAAAAUGGGGAAGAAGAUGGCGAGAACGAAUCGGGUGUAUAUAGACCACCAAAGAUUACCGCCGUUUUACCACCACAACAAACACAUUUUGAAGACAAAUUCAAUGCCAGAGAACAUAAGGAUCGUAGCAAUAAAUCGCGUAUGCAAGCCAUGGAAGAAUAUAUCAGAGAAUCAUCCGACCAACCAGAUUGGAGCACGUCUAUUGGUGCUGACAUUGUAAAUCACGGACGGGGUGGUAUUAAAUCUUCCAGAGAUACAGAAAAGGAACGUAAGGUCACCUCGUUUGAGGAAGAUAAUUUCACAAGAGUGAAUGUCACAAACAAGAACGAUAAGAGGAAACAGAAACAAAGAGAAAGAAGCGCAAGAGUGAAUGUUAUUGGUGGUGAAGAUUUUGGUAUAUUCAGUUCAAAGAGGAAGCUAGAAGACAGUACUUCAAGACGUGGUGCCAAGAAAACUCGUUCUGCUUGGGAUAGGGCACAGAGGAGACUGUAG